UUUAAUUUCAAUAAGUUUUUAUUUUAUAGAAUAGUUUUAUCGCAUUUUUAAAUUUUUUAUAAUUUUUAAAUAAAUAUAUGGUUAAGGAAAAGAAAUCUGUUACAUUCCAGCUGGUUUCCGCAUCAAAUGCGGAUAACCGAUCAGAUAAAUUACCAUGGCAAAGGACUUUAGUACUAAAAGAAAGCCAAAAUGAUAUUUGGAAGAACCGUAGCUCAGCUCAGGUGCCAAAGGACCUUCUCAAGAAUUUAGACCCUCAUGACUUCGGAAUUCAUGAUAAUUUAAAUAAAUCGCAAAAGCAAAUGUUAAUAAAGAACAUUUAUGGAAAUUUUGAUACUUUUAAGAAAUUCGACAAACCGACAAAAAAACAGACUAAACAAAACGUGACUGAGGAUGACCUUGAAGGUGACUGCUACUUUCCCAAGGAUGGGUACGAUUACGAACAACACCUCGCCACAAUUAAUCCGAAAUAUUUCAUUCCAGCCCCCAAGCUUACGACUGAUGAACCGUAUGUUGAGAGCGGAGCUGAUUUCCCUGAUCUAACCACUAGCUUAGAAAAGAAACUCGACCCUGAAGUUGAUGAAGUGCUUGAGGCUUUAGAAAGCGAUAAUGAGCUUGAGGCCAUAGAUGACGAUUUCGUAUCACAAGCAAUUGGCUGUGACGAGGAUUUAGAUGAGGAUGAUUUACUUUGGGGAAAUUAUACUCCGAUGAUACCAACCUCAAUACUUGAUAAUAAGAUUAAUAACUCUGACUUAAUGGAGGACGACAAUGAGGAUGAUGAUGAUAUGGUUGAAAAUCCUUUGGAAAGAGGGUAUAUGAAGGAUUUUAACCACUACAACGCUUUAGAUAAAGAUAAAAUGACAAUUCUCGAUCCAAUAAUACCAAAGGAUAAAAUAUAUGAAAUUCUGGAGAAUAAUGAACAAUUUAAUGACCUGUCAGAAGAAUCCGAUUUAGAUGAUGAACUUGAAUAUGAAUCAUCUGAAUCUGAUCAAUGGGAUGUUGAGACUGUUUUGACGACAUAUUCGAACUCAACAAAUCAUCCGAAGAUGAUACUUUCAAGGAAAAUUAAGGUUCCAAAUCCAACUCCAGUAAAGGAUAACAGCACGCAUAAAAAGUUGGAUAUUGAUACAAUACAGCUCCCAGAAGUGAACACGACUAGAGUAAAGGGAGAAAGUUUAGAGGAAAAACGUGAGAGAAAGUUAGCAGUAAAAAGAACAAAGGCUCUAAUAAAAGAAGUUAAAAGAAAUAAUAAAGAAAUGCUGAAAGAAGUUAGAAAGAAGAAUGCAGAAACAAAUUCUAGAGGAUGUUAUGAUAUUACAAAUGGAGUUAAAUACCUUAAAUUAUAAUUUAUUAACCUAG